AUGAACACCUGGGGACUGUUCACAAGCACCAAGGGCCUCUGCCACAAACUCGAUAUAUUCGAAUGCCAACAAGCGUUUCGCAAAUGGUACAACAGGUCUGUUCGGUAUCUUCACGACAAGCUCGAUCACAAAGGUGCUUUGCACAUCAUGAAUGCGAUCGGCGUCAGCAUUAUCAAGCACAUGCCGCCGAAAGCCAAGAAGAAGGACACCAGCAUCGCGAUUCUGGAGGCUCUUGCUUUUGCAGUGCCCGUUCGGCCUUCGGAUGAGCAGCGGAGGCUUCCGUGGAUAUUCCAGGCGAUGGAUCGCGUCCGACUGGUUAGCGCGCUCGGCGUGGACAUGACAGAGAGCGUCGCGUAG